UGCUACGGAGGAGGCCGUGAGAGAGUAAACUAACACUAGAAAGGGUAGUUUCUGAGACUAGGUACCAGUGCAUCGACAUCCUUAUCAGCAGCCUCUUCCCCGACCAACCACCCCAAAAGCAUGCCGUCACACUGUUAGUGCGUCGACGAUCGAAGGAGGAAAAAUCGCGAGUGCAAUCAAAACAUAUCACAAAUCACGUACCAAUUUCAAUUAUUACCUGUUAUCAUCGUCACACGAUGGUGUUCAUCGAGAUGAGAAAAACUAUCGUUCGAUUACCGAAUCCUUGCAAGGACGAAAUCGUGAUCGGUCUUUAAAAAACGUUAAGUACCUACUCAUAGUGCGCGAUCUCACCUAAAAGACUGUGAUGUUGUAUGAAGGUGCAGUGAAAAUUGAUAACCUGGCUGAUUACAACAGUGACACCGUGAGGCGGUGGGUGCAAUCGAACCCGUCCCCAAUAGCCAACAAGGGCAGUAAUAAUCUGAUCGACGCAUCCGCCCCCGGAAGCGUCGGAGGCAAUCCCAGGUUGAAAAACAGCCUGAACAACAACACUAUAGACUUUACACAGACUUUCUGGACUCGUGCUAAUAAUAAAGAAGACAUGCCCAUGUUGUUGCAACACCAUCAGCCCUCGCACGUUCUACUAUCGCCCCACGAGACCGAACAACCCCUAGACUUCACCAUGUCCAAGUUCAAGACGAGAACGACGCAACUGAAACAAUUCGGCAAUUUGUCUGCGCAACAGCAUAUGAUGCUGUUACAAAACAACGGGAUGUACUAUAACAGUAGCAACAAUAAUAAAUGCUUCGCGAGGGGUAGUAGCCCUUCGUUGUCGAGUAGUUCUGAAGAUGAGGGCGUCGGCCCACCUGGAAGUUCGCCCCGAUCGCCACCCCCAAGUCCGACACCGUUAAGAGGCGACGAACUCUGUGAUUCACCUACUAGCAUCGAAAAGCAGUACGGUAAAAGUUGGCUGCAAGAUGACUUGCCUUGGCGAAAAGAAAUCCAGAUCACAACCAAUGACGAAUCUAAGACUGCGCUGCAAUCGAAAACUAGUUUAUCACCCUCUGAUCAAAAUAUACUCAACAGUUGUAAACUUGAAAACGCCCCUUCUACGCCACCUUCUAACGAUGAUGGAGACGCAAACGGAAACGUUAGCAGUGAAGACCGGAGCAUUUGCAGCGAACCUCACGUUGAUAAUAAUGAUGCCGAUUCAAUGGAUUCAGAAAAAGAUGGAGCUCUAAACCUAGUCACAGGGGAUCCACCAAGAGCAGCAUCUCCAAAUUCAUCGAUGGUAUCGGCACCCACGCCCGGUGGAGUCGGAGCCGCCCUUGCGGCUCUGGGAGGACUCGGUAGUAUUUUAGGUAACCCCCUUCAAAUGCUUGGUAGCCUUCAAGCAUUCUCAAAUCCAACUAGUCUUCAACAAUUGCAGCAACUUGCGAUGUUGCAGCAAAGUCACGGGAAUCAACUCAAUCCACAAGCGCAGUUCUUUUUACAAAAUCAGGGCUUUCUCCAAGGAUUUCCGCGUUCUGGAUUGUCGUCCAGAGUACCCCAUUCGAUGCAGGUUCAACAAAUUGCUCAAGCAGCUCAACAACUUCAGCAGCUUCAAAAAGCUCAACAGCAAAGUCAUCAUCAUCAGCAACAACAGCAGCAGCACCAGCAAUCUCAACAACCCCAGCAUCACCAAAAUCGACAUAGUAAUAAUAUUCAGCAAAACACUCAAAUAUCACAAACUCAAUCAACACCUCCAAAUAACGCCCAUAUUCCCCCAAGUCUGCUCACCCCGAGCACUCCAGGAUCAGGGGGCCUGACACCUCAACAUUUAAAGACACCUUCAAGGAUUUUGGAACCUUCUCCAGAGGAAACCACCGAUCUUGAGGAAUUAGAACAGUUCGCGAAAACAUUUAAACAAAGGAGAAUUAAACUAGGUUUUACACAAGGAGACGUGGGCCUUGCAAUGGGAAAACUGUACGGUAACGACUUCUCUCAGACUACGAUAUCCCGAUUUGAAGCGUUAAACCUUAGUUUUAAAAAUAUGUGCAAAUUAAAGCCUCUACUACAAAAAUGGUUGGAAGAUGCGGAUAGUACUCUGACCAACCCCGGACAAUUAAGUAAUCCAAUGACUACACCAGAAGCUAUAGGUAGAAGACGCAAAAAGCGGACGUCAAUAGAGACGAGCGUCAGAGUGGCUCUAGAGAAGGCCUUCUUGCAAAAUCCGAAACCAACUUCCGAAGAAAUAUCGAUGCUUGCGGAUGGUCUAUGUAUGGAAAAAGAAGUGGUAAGAGUAUGGUUUUGCAAUCGACGACAGAAGGAAAAGAGAAUUAACCCGCCCACGGCCGCCAUGGGAUCUCCAUGUUCGGUCAACAACGGCAAUAGUUCCAUGUUUGCUAUCGCAAACUCGUUAUCGGCCAGUCCAUUAUCCCUGGUCACUUCCACCGGACACUCAUUAAAUCCGAACGUUAUGGUAAAGCAAGAAUGACACCAUGUCAAUUUUUUUACCGACCGUUUUAUGGACUAGUUGAAUGUUCAGUAUUGUGCAAUGUACCUCAAACAAACUUACUAAUGUAAAUUGCGUACACUCAUCAAACUUUUAUCAAGAUUAGUUUGAGGCACCCUUAUCUCGACUACACUUCAUCUCGCCAUCUAUACGAAAUAAAAUAACGUCCGAUUUUAGAUCUCAGUGUAAAUUUUUACAAAAAUGCCGCUGUCGUUAUUUAAUUGCUUUUUAUGUUUUGUCGCAACUAAAUUAUUAUCACGAUUAUAAAAAUUCGAUUUGGACUGGAAGUUUCAGAAACUUUUCACAUAAUAAAUGCGUCCAAUUCUACUUUUACACGACUUCAAUUUUACGCAGCCUAACAAAGAAGAAACAAUGUACAGAAUUUUAUCUACUGUACAGUUUCUUCUUUAUUAUAUUAUUCUGCACACUUUCAAGAUUCAAGAACCAUUCUAGUAUUGCUAAUAAAUAGAAUGUAAUUUGUGCGCCGAUUCGCCGUAAAAACAGAAUUCACUGUAUUAUCUUUUCCUUAAUCGUGAUAACCGUCUUCCACGAUUGUUUCUGUACUUUUAAUCACUUUGUACGCCGUGUCAUUAUCAGUUGAAAUUACGAUCAUCCCGAGUGAAUCAUACAACAUUUGUACAUAGUCGUUCAUUAAUAUCGUACUAGAAACACAUACUAUACUUACGUUGUAACUAUGAGAAAAGCGCCCUUAUUUUGAAGGGUUUUUUUUUUCUAGCAUGUAUUUUCUGUAAUAAUAAUGCGAGAAAAUGAAUUGACAAAGAGCUGUCACACAAUAAGCAGGGUCUUGAGAUAUAUAUUUUACCAGUGGCUGUUCUUCGUUGAUUUUUGUAAAACCUUUAUAGAUAAUAAAUAAACCGAGUUAUAGCCCUAGUUAUAGUGUAUAGUAGGAAUUAGAAUGACAGUUUUUUAUUGAUAUUUAUCGUAUGUUCCUGUAUAUAUGUAUCAACUCGUAGUAGAAAUAUGGUUCGGUUUCAAAUGUUAAGGAGGACCAAACAAAAUAGAAAUCUUAAAGUUCCUAGUACUUAUAUUUCUGAUAUAUAUUAAUUAUGUAAUAUUAUCGUCUCCCUAACAUUAAGUAUUUCGUCGUUCUUCGAUUUUUGUUUAUUUGUAAUUUGUUAAAUCAUUUUCUUUUCUGUAUAGAUGACUUUUUGUAGUGUAAGUUUUAGACUGACUAUAUUACAUUUUCAAGAAGUUGUGGGACGUUGUGUUAUUGUCACAAAAGAAA